AAGUUAAAAAAGAAAUCGCGCGCUGCCUCUCUCCUGGUUAAACGAGCAGUAGAAAUAACUAGACCUAGUGACAAAGCUAACCAGACUGCGUACUUCCUGUCAUGAGAAAAUAACCAACGAAUCUGAUCAGCUGUGCACAGCUGUGUUUCAUAUCACGAUCGCGCGUAUUUUAUGCUGGACGUUCGAGCGUAUAUAUACCUCGGUGCAUUUCUAUCUCAGCUUCGAGUGUUCAGCGGUAUUUCGCGAGUGUCAGCGGACGAGAUUGUCGGGUUAAAUAAGUCUGCUUUGAGAACCCUCAACAUGAUCCGAUUUCUGGUCAGUCUAAGCAUUGGGGUAUACGCCGGAAUAUACAUAGCCCAAAAUUAUGAGGUGCCACGAGUAGAUGAACCGGCGAAACUGUAUCAGCGAGUACUUGAUUUUCUAGAAGAGAAUAAAAAGAAAUAGCAUAAUCACGGCGCGUAUCUUUCCCGAAUUUCUUCCAGAACUAGAAGAUGGAUUGCAUAUGCCAUUAUCGAUAUACAAUGUAACACUUAGCUAUAUCUCUCGAGGAAACGACGAUAUACCUGUAUAUAUAUACAUGCACUCGAUGCAAUGUACAAAGACAAGCCACUCUUAUUUUUUCAUAAUUUUAUUUUAAUAAACAAUAUUUAAAUGCA